AUGAUCAUCUACAAGGACCUCAUCACCGGUGACGAGAUCAUCUCCGACUCAUAUAACCUGAAGGAGAUCGACGGUGUCGCGUAUGAGGCCGACUGCACGAGGAUCUCGGUCGGCAACGACAACGUCGACAUUGGCGCCAACCCGUCGGCUGAGGAGGCUGAUGAGGGCACCGAGGACGCCGCCCAAACGGUCAUCGAUGUCGUCCACUCUUUCCGUCUGAACGAGACGCAAUUCGACAAGAAGUCAUACCUCUCACACCUCAAGGGCUAUAUGAAGAAGGUCAAGGAGGCUUUGAAGGAGAAGGAUGCCAGUGAUGAGGAAGUCAAAGACUUCGAGACCAAAGCCUCUGGCUUCGCAAAGAAGAUCGUGUCCAACUUCAAGGAUUACGAAUUCUUAAUCGGCGAAUCCAUGGACCCCGAUGGAAUGGUUAUUCUGCUCAACUACCGCGAGGACGGCGUCACCCCAUUCAUUACCGUUUGGAAGCAUGGGCUCACUGAGAUGAAGGUUUAA